UAAUUCACCAAGUUGUUUUUCGCGGGACCCUAAACGACGUCGCUCUUUGUUCUUCUUCACCGGACGGCUCGCCGUUUCGCACGCUCCGCGGCUUCGGCUCUGGUUCCGUAUAUUUCUUGUACAGUUCAUAAAUUUCAGGGAAGAAGAAGAAGAAGAAUCAAAAUCAAAGGUUCAAAACGAGGGUUGACGCCAAAAGGGGUCGUGAAUUUUUUUUCCACCGGUCAUUAAUUAUUAUGGCGGACAAGAACAGGAUAGCCUCUCCGCCAUUCGACCAAUUAUGGCAUUCCAUUUGCCCUUGAUUUCCUUAAUCGAUUUGUUUUUACUCUUUUCUAUUUAUUUUUGAGUCUAUGGUGUUUCCGUUUUGAAAUGCAUGUGAGAUAUGGUUUCGACUGGGGGAAUUUCGUUUCCGGGAUGUGUGCCGCCGCCGCCGCUCCGCCACAAAUCAUUCUCGCCGCCAUCGGCGUUUGGGUUUGCAAGGUUUUCCAAUGGGAUUAGCUUCAAAUCAAUGGUGGUUGUUUGUGAUGGGGCUGAGAAAAAGGGUUCGAGGGCGGUGAUUGUUAAUGGGAAGGUCGAUGGUUUGGGUAAGAGUGAAUGCGAGAUUGAUUUAGAUGCUACCUUGGGCAAUGGACAUGCUGGAAACUCUGGGAAAAAUGCUGGAGUGUUGUCGACAGUAGGAAAUUCUACCAAUAUCAAGUGGCAUGAAUGUUCAAUAGGAAAUGUUGAAAGACAGAGCCUUCUCAACCAGAAAGGAUGUGUCAUAUGGAUCACAGGGCUCAGUGGCUCAGGGAAGAGCUCUGUGGCUUGUGCCUUGACUAAAAGCUUAUACAAAAUGGGAAAGUUGGCUUAUAUUCUUGAUGGGGACAAUGUUAGGCAUGGCUUGAAUCGUGACCUUGGAUUUAAAGCCGAAGAUCGUGCGGAGAACAUAAGGAGGGUUGGUGAGGUUGCGAAACUGUUCGCAGACGCUGGAGUUAUUUGUAUUGCUAGUUUGAUCUCUCCAUAUCGAAGGGAUCGAGAUGCCUGUCGUGCCAUUUUACCUGAUGGAUACUUUAUUGAGGUGUUCAUGGAUGUUCCUCUUGAAAUUUGUGAAGCACGAGAUACGAAGGGACUGUAUAAGCUUGCACGGGCGGGGAAGAUCAAAGGCUUUACCGGUAUUGAUGAUCCAUAUGAAGUACCAUUGAAUUGUGAGAUUGUACUGAAACACAAUGGAGGUUCCCCAUGCGACAUGGCAGAUAAAGUGAUGAGUUACCUUGAGCAGAAGGGCUUCCUGAAGGCUUAACUCAGAACACAAUGAAUAAGGGGCCUCAACAACUGAAGUUUUGGUUCAAAUUUUCACUCUGUUUUAGAGCAAAUCCACUUUAACUAAAGUUUUGGCUUUGCUUCUUGUCUUUGUUACGUCUAGUUUGCUACUCCUUUGACCUCUUCUUUCUCUGAAUACAGAUAGGAAUGAAGGUUUGACAUAGAACGUUGUCUGAAAAAGGUUGCAUGUGAUGAUAGAUCAAUUCAUUUUGCUAUUUUGCUAUUUUUUUCUC